CUUUAUUGACACUAAUGAGCAAGUUCUUCCCACCGGUCUCCUGCCUGGAAGUGCUGACAGAUCAAGGCAACAAAUUUCAAUUACAAGCCCUAAUUUGUGUCCGCAGAGCGUUUGUUACCCAUGUCAGAGCUGUUUGGCCCCUCAGACGAAGCAGAACUUGCAGGAAGAAGAGGAGGAGGAGGGGGAGGAGGGAGAGGAGAAGAAGAAGAAGAAGAGAAGCGCUGCUUUUCCAAAAAGGAAUAGAUCGGGCUUGGAAAGAAAAGAGGAGGGAGAGGGAGAAGAGGAGGAGGGGGGACACGAACCCCAAACCUCUUUGGGCUGCCUGAAGUCGGAUGUAAAAGAGAAGGAGGCGACGCGAAGGCGGACGGCGCGGCCUGGAAGGAGGCGAUCAGGCGCCCGGGGAAGAGUGGCGGAGGGCUCCAAGCCCGGCCCGGGCAUGGCGGAGAAAAGGCGAGCGUCCCCGUGCGCCAUGCUGAGCCUCAAGGCGCACGCCUUCUCGGUGGAAGCCCUCAUCGGCGCCGAGAAGCAGCAGCAGCAGGAGCAGCAACAGCCGCCGAAGCGGAGGAAAGUGGCCGGGGAAGAGGCGCCACCGGCGGCUGCCGAAGGGGCGAGCAGCUGCGGGAAGGGCGCCGCCGAAGGCGCGGACACUUUGGCGCCCAGCGCCGAGACGGGGCCGGCCGCGGCCGAGAGGAGCUGCGGGGUCCGGGCUCUGCCUCCCGGUGAGUGAGCGAGGUAGCGCCCCGGCCUGUGUUGUUGCGGGGUGGGGUGUGGGGAAUGCCCCUCUCGGGCUCCCCUUCUUUCCGUGAAAGCCCGUCUCCCCAGGCGCCCCGCUUCCGAAGGCUCCCCCCCCCUCGGGGGGCGAUCGUACUCUCCUUGUACCCAAACCGAGUGGCCUCUCCGGAGACAGCUGUCAUGGCCGAGAGCUUGCCCUCGGUACCCUGCUAAAAACCAGGCGAUCUUGACUGUGCCCAAGUGUCCCCCCCCCCUGCAGUUUUCCCAGGUCUGAGUGGGUGGGCGAGUGGGGGUGAAAUGCAAGAUCAACCCGCUAUUGUUAAAGAAUACUUCCGAUGGCGUGAGAAUAACACCCCCCCUCUAACGAUCGUUUUCAUUAUUUAGCAUUAAUUUUAUGCACAUUGCAAUAUCUGUGCGACUCCUCUCCAUUCUGAGGAGUCCUAUGGGUUUCCUCAUCUGGUUGAGUUCAAUGGGACUUGAUCCCAAAGAAGCGCCCAAAGACAUGCGAACACAAGAGUCUUGUGACGCUAAACCAAACGGGUUACAGUACUUGGUUUCAGACAGUGGGCACAAAAUCAGGCCUGCGUAAAUCUUACUGGUACCGAAAGGAAUUAUAUACAUGAGGGGUUUAUCUUUAAAUUACUAGUUGUGAUAGUACUAUUAUAUGUUCUUAACUUUAUCAGAUAACUGCAGAUGGUUUUAACCCUUAUUUAGCCUGACAUAUAUGGCUCAUCCUAUUUUAUUUUAGAGCUGAGUUAAUAUCCAUUAAUAAAUCAUUCAGUUUAUACAAAAUCCAGUCUAGCUGACAUAUUUUUUAUUCUUAAUAGGAAUGCUCAAGCACACCCACUUAUGUCUUAAUUGUUCUGUUUAGGUGCCAAACUAAUGAACAGAUACUUUAAUAACAUUCUCGGUCUUUUUUCCACACUAUUGUUUUCAUAUCUGCUUCAGCUUUAACUAAUUAGAAACACAGAGGUUUUUUAAGUGCACCCAGAGUCAGAAGAUGUUGGGUGUCUUUUAUUAAAUAUCAAAUAAACAUAUACGAAUAAUAAUUAUACGGAACAAUACAUUCCAUAUAAUUUGUUUCUAGUCAUUCAUUUUUAUUAUUUUGGUGCCUUCCCACAAAAAAUGGAACUAAAAUGACUAGUAUAUUAUCUUAGGGAUUUAUUUAGCGAGAAAAUGGAUUAACAUCCUUUAUAAAAAUAAAGAAACCAGUUCCUUUUAUAUUUAAUCCAUUUUAUAUUUAAUCCAUUUCAAAUCCUUAGGGUUUAUUUUCAAGUGUGUUUUGGACUGGAAUGCUUGGCUUUCUAUUUUAGACUGCAAUCCUAUGCCCACUUAUCUGGGCGUAAAUUCUAUUGAACUCAGUGGGUCUUGCUGAGUAGCGUCUAGGUUGCACGGGCAACCUGGGUGUAACCCACUGAAAUCUUAAGAACGUAUCUACAGUACAGUUGAAACGCCGAUUUUAUUGCUACGAUCAUGUAUACUUUUAUAGCAUUUGGGCCUGCGCAGUUUUGCACCUCAUAAUCCCCGAGAACUGUUGCAGAACCUGCCCAAAAGUCCCCCAGCGAAAAUGUUGGUUGUUCUGUGAAGAAAAAUAGCCGUAGUUUAUGAAAACUCGUGCCAUCAUAAAGAUGCUGCAAGACACUAAUUCCUUCAGAAAAACCGAGGAUCUUAAAACUUCUGCUGCGCGGAGUUGCGCUAUUAUGGAGGAAAGGAUGAACCUCGAACUAGAUUGGCAGCUCGAUCCUGAUUCGGGACUUCCACUGACACGGACGGGCCUUCCUCGAAGCGAAGGCCCUCGACCUCCCAGCAGACGAGCUCGAGGUGGCCAGCUUCCUCCAAGCCGCCCUCGUUGACCCGAACCGGGGCUUCCUUCUGCUCGGAGGAAGGGCCACGUCUUUCGCAAGGACGCGCGUGCCUACUAUCGAAACACCCCCCCCCCGACCCCGGCCCCCUUCCGGGGCUCGUCUCCCUGGUGUGGCGGUGAGGGAAACGGGCACUUCUUCCCUUCCCGCCUUCGGCCGGGCCCGGCGGCCUUUCUGCAAGCGAAUCCCUUUCCCGGCCCUCUUCCUUGUGCGUUCUGGCCCCGCGCAGAGGCUGCGCCGAAGCGCGCAAAAACGUGGCGCGGGGGAAGGCGCAGGACGCACGUGCCGCUGGGAGAAGGAAGGGGGACCCGGCUUGGGCCUUUCCCGGCUUGGCCCGUGAUCCCUAGAAGCGCCGGCCUUUCCCGAGAAGACGCGCAAGGCAGCAAUAAGGGUACAUUGCGCCCCGCGCCUCUCUAGGUUUGGCGCCUCCGGGCCUCGCGUUUCUUUGCCCGGCGCGCCCUCUAACCCGUCGCCCGCUUUUCCCCUCCUGCAGGUGGCUGCGAGGACAGUUUCCUGAGCGCUACGUCGCCGCCGCUGUCCCCCGGAGGCCCCGCCAAGGCCAAAGGCUCCUCCCGGCCUGCUUCUCCCUUGCUGGCCCCGCCGGUGCCUCGCGUCGACCUGCAGGGCGCCGAGCUCUGGAAGCGCUUUCACGAGAUCGGCACCGAGAUGAUCAUCACCAAGGCGGGGAGGUAAGGAACAAAACGCGAAACAACACGAGCAAAGCAAGGCCUCCCGGAGCCAGCCAGGCAGGCAGCCGUAGGAAAGACUGGCCGAAGCACUUUGGAAGGAGCGGCAGGCCCGCAGCGCCCUUAGGCGCCUUUCCCGCUUUCGCCAGCGGCGCUGCGCCACUUGGAGACGGGCCGAGGUUUUGCGUUUCCUCUUCUGGCAGGGAUUUGCCUCCCCGCGAAAUUUCGUUGCGAAUGCCAUGCAUCCAUUUUGCGCCCUCUUGACAGUUCUCUCCCUCACAUUCAGCCGGAGGGGGUUGCCUCAAAACAGCACCAUUCAUUUCUUAAUAGCCUUAGUUUAUCUGCCUAACAACCCUAAAAGGUGUUUUAUUUCCUUCUGUUACUCUAAACCACUCGUGAGCAGGUCUUUGUAAACUGUUGAAUUCUGUGUCGUUUGUUUAAGGUUUGGUUAUUAGAUAGGUCAUUCUGCCCCUGACCUAGACAUACUGAUUUUAAAGUAAGUGGCAAUAAGGCUUUGCAAACUAACAGCCUGAUCUGGAGUACUUGAAAUAAAAUCACUUGAUUUAAAAUUGAAUUUUUUACAAGUGAUGGGGUCAUUUUAGAAGUGAGCCGUCUGCCUCUUAAGAAGUCUGUAUUGACUCUGUAGAAAUAUAUGUAAGACAUGUGUAUAAUUACAGUGGUACCUCAGGUUAAGAACUUAAUUCGUUCUGGAGGUCCGUUCUUAACCUGAAACUGUUCUUAACCUGAAGCACCACUUUAGCUAAUGGGGCCUCCUGCUGCUGCUGUGCCGCCGCUGCAAGAUUUUGUUCUCAUCCUGAAGCAAAGUUCUUAACCCGAGGUAAUAUUUCUGGGUUAGCAGGGUCUGUAACCUGAAGCAUAUGUAACCCGAGGUACCACUGUACAGUGCCUGACAUUUUUAGCAUGAUUAAAAUUCUACUAGAUGUUUUCUGAGUAGAUUAUUGCGGAAGAUCAAGUCAAAUCCAUAUAUACAAGAGAACCCACUGAUCUCUCUUGGUUUUUCAAUGUGGAUGGCUUAAGGUGCUAUAUGUUGCAGCAUGUUGUUUCACAAGAUAGCUUUCUCCACCAUCUUAAUUAAGUACAAAGUCUUUAUGCUGCAGAAGCUGGAUGUUUAAAUUGCCUCUUAAUUUCUAUAAUGCUUAAAGUUGCGAAUACAAUCCCAAAUCUGUCAAUAUGUCAAAAUGAAUUAAGCAAAUUGAUUUAUAAAGCUGGAUAGGCCACAGUCAUUUCAGAUGAUAUAGAAAUAUGUGGACUUCUAGGUUUCCUGUUCAUUAUGUUAAAGGGCAUGAAUGCUAGGUUCUUAAAAGAACUUUUUUUCUUCCCUUUCCAAAGGAUACACAUGGUAAAAACCUGCACAGUAUAAAAGUAUCUAAACUUAUUAGAAAUUACAGAAACAUAUUUUAUUGAAUCCAUAUGUUACCUUCUACAUUUUCAGAGAGGCUUUAUUAAUGAUUGAAGUGCAGUCUUAAACAGCACAAGGCAACAUUUGUCUUAAAAGUUGUCCUGUCAAAAUUUUUCUUUUUUAUCUUACAGGUGCACUGAAAUAACAGCAAGAACUAGUUAGCAGCAGCUAGUUUUGCCCUCUUUUUUAGUUAGCCAUGAUGUCAGUAACUCCUUUCCCCCUUCCAAAAUCUAACUUUGAUUUCAUGCAUUUCCAACAACAUCAGUAAUACAAGAAAAUAGCAUUGCACAUUCAUUUGUAUAGAAAAAAAAAUAUAACAUGCCUUUGUGAAAAAUAUCCUUCAAAACAGAUGAAUAGAGACAGGUAUCGGGUAUAUGUUAAUUUGAAAAUAAAAUGUAUUUUAAACUUCUACAACCUAUAACCACUUCAGCGUUAUUCUAGCAAAGCUUCACAUGUGCACCUUUGUAUUAGUGUAGAUUUGAUAUCAAUUCCUGUUCCUAAGAAAACGAACUUUAUAAUAUCUAAAAAUGAAGACUUUACAUAUCUUCUGAAUUCAUAGAACACAUCCCUUGGCUUAAACGAUCCCUCUGCAAUCCCAGUUGAAAUGAAUGGGAGCUGUGCUCUUUGAUUGUACUUUGUCUAUACUAGUAUAAUAAAUCCUAUGGCAUUGUCAUGAUUCUAUAUUUAGACUGUCAUUCCAUAGAAUUCCAUUAUAGAAUUGCUAAUUGUUUGAUAUUGUUAAAUAAUAAAAAGGCUGCAGUCCCAAGCAUAUUCAUGCGAUCCGAAGAGAAACCAGAGUAUAUUUAUUAGAGAGUAAGUUCCUUUGAAGUUAGUGGGGAUUUCUUAUGAGAAAACAGGUUAGGAUUGCACCUCAAGUAACUAAUUCACCUUCUAGUGAAAUCCUAUUCAUGUCUACACAGAAGUAUGCCCUGUUGAGUUUAAUGGGAUUUACUCCCAGUUAAGUUUGUAUAGGACUGCAACCUUAGACUUAAAUUGUAGCCCAAUCCUGAUUGCAUUUCUGCAGAAGUAAAUCCCAUUCGUUUGAAUGGGUCUUGUUUCUAAUGUCAUCUUAAGCAUAUAAGGAAAGUCCUGCUGGAUCAGACCAUAGACCAUUUAGUCCAGCAUUCUGUUUUCCCGCUGCGCAACUAGAUGCCAUUGGGAAGCCCCUGAGCAGGCAGUGAUCACAACGACACUCUCCCUGGUUCAUGGUUAAUACUCUCUUAAAAAUAUUUUUAAUGUGAUCUAGGUAAUCAGUACAAGCCUGCACUGGAAAUAAGAAACAAGCAUCACCCCUGUGGCUGCUGCUCAUGAUUUCAAUGCACAGUUGUGUACAUGGGGAAGAUGCUCAUUGCAUACAAAGCCAGUGCUGGAUGCAAUGAUCUAUUUGGCCUGUGGCUUAGAAAAUACUUCAAUUUGCUUAGAAUCCAAACUGCAAUCUCUGAAAAAUCUGUUCUUUUGUGAAUUACAGUUCCAAAUUAAGCACAUGCUUUCUUAGAAUUACCUUUUUUUUUAAAAAAAAAAAAACCCUGCUAAAAGAAAAUCUCCAUUAAAAAAUGCUUAACAAUUGCAUCUGAAUGAUUUGGCAGUUUGCUCUUUGAAGAAAUUUCAGGGGGGAAACACAAGUUUUUGUUCAGCAAAAAAGAUUAAAAUCCAUGGAGGCAUGUGCCAUAAGUCUAUUUUGUGAAUGAGUAUAAUUAUUUAAAAAGAGAAGCUUCCCACAAAUAACUUUAAAUGAAAAAGAGUUGGAGGUAGAUUCCACAAACAUGUUGCUGUUUCUGUCUUCCAUGUCUGUUUUUUAUUAAAUGCUCUUCUUUUUCUGUGUUCAGACGGAUGUUUCCUGCAAUGAGAGUGAAAAUUUCAGGCCUAGACCCUCAUCAGCAAUACUAUAUUGCCAUGGACAUUGUCCCUGUGGAUAACAAAAGAUACAGGUAAUUGCAGUAUAUAAACCUUUGGGAUAUCAGGAACUGCAAAAGAAUAUUGCUAGUUUGGAAAUUAACAGAAGGUUGUGCUUAACUCCCAAAUUCCUAUCUUCAUCUCACUGCAUGAAAAAUAAGUGCCUUGUGCCAAGCACGUGAGAACAAUCAAGGCUUGUUUUAUUGAACUGCUUUGUACAUUGGCUCAUAUUUUGAACACAUUCUACAUUAUCCGAAUCGUAUCCCCCCCCCCAAUCACAAGCUGCUGUUCUUGAGCCCCCUUACUUGGGAAUAUUUAUUGAAGCUGGGAAGACUGGGGUGGAUUGUCCAUAACCUGUAUAAACCACUAUUCUAACCCAGUUCGAGUAUAAUUGCAGAAUAGCACUUUUGGUGGCUUUCUUUGUUUAGUUAUUUAACAGCAUUUCUGUCUGUGCAGCUAUUUGCAAUAAUUGGCUAGUAGCUAUCAGUAAUCACUCCUUAAAUGCUUUAACAUAAGGUCUUGAUCAUGUAGACCUCGACCAAGGCAAUGCACAUCUAAGUAAUCAUUUCCCUCUAGAACUCCUGGCAUGAAUUUGUAGGAAUGGGAACACAGUGACUUCUUUUAGCAAUUUAAGAGAUGACAGAUCUGCAUCCCAAGUAUAUUUGCUGUUGCAUUAAAGAAGGGUUGCCCAAAUGGUUCUCCGUGUUCUUGUCUAUUAGCACUUUUAAUGAUACCAUCAUUAGAACAGUUUUUUUUUUAAUUCUUUCGUUAAGAAGCCCAAGUUAUCAAACUUAAGGAAGAUAGCUUCCUUAUGCUUAACUUUCCUACUCCCAGUCCUCUCAGUCUUGUUGUAUAAAUAGGUUCAAUCAUGCCUUGUAUAUGGUCUGAAGUUUUUGCUCCUUUUUUAAACCAGUCAUCUUACUGUACAGUACGUAUUAUGUGCCGUUAUUAUUUCUGUUUUACGUUUGACAAGUUUCUCAGCAAAUUGACAUUUCAAAAGUGAGGGCAAACCUGCAGUUCCGUUACAGAUUGAAUGAUAUUAAGGAACGGAGAAUGAUUUUUGGUCCAGGCUCUGAUAUGGAAAUGGAAUUUUGUAUAAGCAAAGCCUGUGUCCAUUUUUUUUUCUGGCAAAGAAUGUUGUGUACGCUCAUACCUCAUGGGUUUAUGGAGCAUUUACCACAAGUGUUGUAAAAACUGGGAUGAUUUCUUUUGUUGUUGAUGACUUUCUUAUCUGCCCUUCAACACAAAUGACCUAUGGCAAUUUUAAAAAGUAACAUUAAAACAGUUUGAAGCAAAUUACUGUUAUAAGAAUAGGGUAGGUACUGAAAAUAUCUCAGGUGUCAUAGGCCAAGAUGAAGAAGUGUGUCUUGAGCAUGUGACAGAUGCAAAAUGAAGGUGCUAUGUGAACCUUUGGAUUGACACAGAGCUCUGUAUAUUCAUUGGAGAGUGCUACCAUUUUUUGCUUGUAGCCAUUUCAUGAAAGUACCCAUGAGACAUGCUUCCAACAUAAUUUACUCAUGGUUGUAAUACCAGGCUGUGACUACAGCAUUAAUUGGGGGUGGGGGUGGGAAUCUAUGCAGCUCUCUGAUACUUUCUUAAUAUAUGGAAUAGUGCUGCUUUCAGAUGGCCUGGUUCACUUCUAUGUUUUGACAGAAUAUCUGGAUUUAAAUGGUUAAUUUAACUGUGUCAGAAUGAUUAGGAUCAUUAUGGUUUUACUUUAUUUUAACUAGCUUGUGCCUUGCACUAGCAGGAGCAUGGCAUAAUUACGCUUGCUUUGUGGGAUAGUUGAAUUUGUUUGCCCUUGCCACAUUAUUAUUAAAUUUCCAUCAAAUAUGUGUCCCUGUAUAUAAAAGGAAAACACUGGAUACACUGUUUAGCGAGUCUUAAAAUUGUAUAACUGGCUGGAUUGUAGUCUGUAAUCUUUCCUUUGGCUCAACAUAAAUUAGACUGUUUUUUAAAGGUCAGUGUCUUGGGUCUGAAUUGGAGUCAGAUAACAUUUGAUGAGUUAGUCUAAGCGUACAAACCUAAAUAAGGAUUUCUUCAGAGGAGAUCCCAUUGAACUUGAUAAGUAUUCAUGAAUGCUCAUACAUUUGACAUAUUUUUUGCAAUGGCAUAUCUCUAAAGUUAGCAACAACAUAUUCAAGAUUGAAAUUAGUAAUGAAAUUAAAUCACCAGUAGAUUGGUUUGACUGAAUUUUUUGUCCGCGAUUCACACACGCAGAUGAUUUUGUUGUACAUUUCAGUCUUUCUAUAUGUCAGACGGCAUACUUAUUUCCUCCCCCCCUUUCCUCUUGAACUGAGGUAGAAAGCUUUUCAUAUAAUGGAUUUAUUUAAAAUUAAAAUGACUAAUAUUAUUUUAAAUGGCUUAAAUGGGACCAGUGCUUUGUAGAUUGUGUCCCUAGGAUCAGAUUCCGAGUUCUUGUGAGCAGAACAUGGGACAUUUCCUCUGUCUGUGGUGUGGGUGGGUGAGACAGAUAGGUGUUUUUCACUGAUUUCUCCCCCUUUCCUGCUAUCCCUUCACCUCCUGAACAUCUGCUCUGUGGGGUAGGGGGCCAUCUGGAAUAGGUAGUGGUGGUGCUGGAUCUGCAAAGGGAAGGGAAAUUGAUGAAUCAGCCAGCAGGAGUGCUUGCUAGGACUACAACCUUUCAGCAAACGGUAUGAGCCUUUCCAUUUGAAGAAGGGACACUUGGAAUUCAAGCUAAUGAUCCCAGUUCUGCUUCUCUUGAUGUCAAGGCCAUUAUUCAACUAUAAACAGUUUAAAAUAAAUUUCUGAUAUUUAAUAAUUCAUUAUUGAAGCCCAGUUAAUGUUUAAUGCUGUUGUAAAUGUAAGAAAUGAAAGGACCAUAGUACAGUAUAGUUUGCAAAUAGAAAAAUGACAGUGAUUUUAAAAAAAGUUUCUGUAAUAAAAUAGAUUAGGUUAUGACCGCAUCACUGCACUAGAUCUCCCCAUUCCAGUAAUUGUGAGGCUCCAGUGCCCGGUUCUAGUGCCCUGAAGUGUUUUAAUAUUCACUGCAGCCCAGCACAUAAUUCCAGCCUACUUGCAAGAGUUCUGUGUUUGCAGUUGCAUAUAGAUGGGCCUUUGGCUUGUGUAUAGGUGUAAGAAGGCAUCGAUUUCCAUUCCGACCUGUGUUUGCUGGGGGCAGUGCUGUUUCCAGUCUGCUGCAGUUCGGCUUCUGACAAACGCUUCAUUAUUCGUCUUGCUUUCUUCUGUCGUAGAAUUUUACGUAGAUAAUUAUGCAAUUAAUUUCAUAAUUGUGUUAUGUUUACAUUACUCUGCACCAUUCAUUUCAAUGCAAAUGAAACACAGUGCAAAUGAGAUGAGGGGAGUUAUCAAUUACGUAUUAUUUUCAGACUGAAAACAGGAGCGACAGUGAAUACUGAUAAUUAUUGCUGGAUUGAUUUUUGUUUCAGUCAUGGGAUGAAUAAGUGAGCACUGCCAAGUUCUCCCAUUUCUGUCGGAAUUCUCCGACAUCCUUAGAUUUUUAAAAUACUUUUAUAAGACAAAAUGUCCAUUUUGUCUUGAUUGUGUCAGCUGUGAUUACUUGUGCCACAUUACAAUUAAACAAUUAUAUUUUCAGUGUGAGAGCAAAUAGCACUUAUGAUGCUUACUCCCUUUUAGAACUAAAUGUCCUAAAAUUAAAAUGCACAUGAAGACGUUAAGGCUGUUUUAGAAUGCUAUAAAAAGUUUCACCUUACAGAGGUUUUUUAUAACGGCUGAAAAUACAUUCAUAAAUAUAUUCAUUGGCUCAGUUUUCAAUAAAUUAUUUUAAAUGGAUUGACCUAUAAGUGAAAAUAUUAUUCUGGUUAUAAGAUAAAGCUCAGAAUUAUUGUAAUUUUGUGGCCUUUAAAAGAGAUCUUCGUAGAAUUUUGUUUUCAGUUGAAACAAUCCAUUUGUAAUGUUAAAUAUUAGGCUACAACUUUUCCUGAAUUCCUCCUGAUAUUUAGCUAAUUUGUGCAACCCCCAGUUGAAGAUUUUCGACAGCUAGUUUAAUUUGGGGAAAAGGGCUAAAUAAAACAAAAAUAGUCGGUACCAAACUGUUUUUCUCCUUUAUAAAUAAAUACUGCUGCCUAGAAGUGAGUUGCUCUUUCUUCUUCCCUCGUCUGCUUUUCCUCCCUCCUCUUGCUUCUCCAGAACGAUUAAGCAAUGCCACCACAUUAUUUCCAUUCUGUAUCUCAUGCACAUUGGGUUUCUUUCUAUAGGUAUGUUUAUCACAGCUCCAAAUGGAUGGUAGCUGGGAACGCUGAUUCGCCGGUUCCUCCCCGUGUGUACAUCCACCCAGAUUCACCCGCCUCAGGAGAGACUUGGAUGAGGCAGGUGAUUAGCUUUGACAAACUGAAACUUACAAAUAAUGAACUGGAUGACCAGGGACAUGUGAGUAUAUUAUUUUCUACAAUGUGCAUUUAAUCAUCAAUUGUACAGUAUUUUUUUUUUUAAAAAAGCACAAUUCUUUUUGACCUGCACUCUCACAUUAGCAAAAACUGAUUGAUUUUGUGAAGCUUAGGGCAGGUUAGAUACAGACAUGUUUCCCUUCCCCGCUACAACAAUUCAUCAGUAACUGUGUGCCAUUUCCCCUUGUGGAAUAAUUUGGACUGUUGGAGAAGCAGAACUGAGCUUCCUAAGUAAGGGCUCAUCUGUACUUCUGCGUUUCCAGCUGCCUUUCCCUUGGGGAAAACUGCUCUUUAGCGCUCAAUCAGAACAAAUGAAAUUGGGUUUUCAGCGGAUUUCUGUUCAUUCUGAUUUAAAGCUAAAGAGCGGGUUUUCCCUGGGAAAGGAACAGGGCAAGGGGGAAACUGCUUGGAUUCUUGCCUAGAAAACCGCUUGGAUCUGUGCUUCCUACAAGCAGAAGUAUGGAUAGGCCCUAAAUUAACUUAACUGAAAGUGCAGAUCUACCUGAACACAUUGGCAUUGUAUUCAUAGUCUUCAGAUCCCCCUCUGUAAGGUGAAACAAUAUGUCUGUACCUAAUGUGAACAUCUUCAGUAUUUAGCAGCCUUAACUGGGCAAAAUAAAAUUCAAUUAAUGAUUUUUUAGAAAUAAAAUCAUUUGUGUGAAAGCCUCGUGAGGUGUUAAUAACAGUAUUUAAAAGGAGCAACACGAGAGCUACGUUCCCUCUGAUAGUGAUUUAUUACCUACCUUAUGGAGCAAGACCUUUUCACAGCUGAAGCUCAUUACUUCUGCAACACUGGCAGGGAAUUGUGCAGUUGUGUUCUGUUUGCAAGCUCCAGAUUGUUUAGCUAUGACAACACCUCACAUGACAAAAUACACUAUGGUAAUAUUUCAUUUUCUCUUCAAUGCUUAUGAGAUGGAAGAUAGACAGGCGAACUAAUACCUUUCAGUUAAUCCUUAAAAUAUCCACGUUUCCUGCCUUGGUAAAAAAUUAUAUGAAAUGGUUUUGAGACGGGACUCUUUGAGCAUUUUGAAAAUUCAUUAAUAAAGGAAUACAUUAACCUCUUUUAAAGAGAACACUGCGGUGGAUUUCUAAAAACUGAGGGAUGUGAUGGCCAUCCUAAUAUUCUUACAGACAUGACCACACUCUUGUGAGAACUCUUCCCUCUUGGGCACAUGAGGGAAGGAUUUGCAUGCUAUGAUUUCUUCAAGGCCACCUCUAACUGUUUUGUAGCCCUGAUCCAUACUGAAUACUCUAAGCACUUUUAGAGUCUGUAAUUUUGUUUAAUGAAGUUAUGAAUGAAUCUGCUACUUCUUUUUCCACGAGCAAGUUGUUAGCUAAAUUGUUGGGAAUUACUUGUAAAAAAUCAGCUUUUUUUUGAGUUCUAAGGAAGGAUGAAAUUACAAGGUAAAUGGUCAGUUGUUUUAGAAUGUCUGGGAAUACAGCGGUGCUGACUUUAGUUCAGUCAAGGCUGUAUGGAAUUUUGAUGCACAUACCCUUGUUUUGCACUUUGCCUGAGUCUCUCCCCCCCCCCCCCGGCAUUCCAUGAGUAACAGUUCAGAGAUAGGAGUUGAAAAUUGGAAUGCCUGGCCAAUUGUUUUUUAAACGUCAAUAUGAUGUUUUAGAAAAUAAACGAAGCAUCCCAUAAUACAUUUUUGUAAGCCAGCUGAAAGCUAAUUUUAACUUUUUGUCUCUGUAACUUUGAGCACUAGUUUGUCCCUAGGUUGCUGGGGUUUGAUGCUGCAAUCAUCAGGUGAAUUAGAUGGAAGAGGAAUAUUUAUUUAUUUUAAAAUUAUAUAUAUCCUGUUCUUCCUCACUAAGGAGAUCGGAACAGUGUACAGUAAAAACAGUAAAAUAUAACAGGCAAUAUAUACCCAGCGGACUAUUUCAGUUUCAGUUCAGCGAGCCAAAAUACCUGAGAGAGCUUAUUAAAAAGAGAGGCUUUAAUUUCUCUCCUGAAUAUAAUCAGCAAGGAUCGGAAUGGAUUUCCUUGGGGUGGGGUGAGAGUGUUUCAGAAGUGAGGUUUGCUUUUUUCUGCAUGGUCACCUUAUGAAUACCUGUAGGGACAGGAACUGUCUGGAAUGCUUUACUUCUAGGUCAGAAUUAUAUGGAGAAAGACAUUCAGACAAACUGGUUUCCCGCCACUUAGAGCUUUUUAGAACUCACACUUCAAAUCGUGUCCAGAAAUUAAUAGGAAGCCAAGGCAGUUAGUACAAAAGUGGUGCUUGGAGUGGGGGAAACAUGAACCCUAUAUUUCACCCCCAUAUCAAGUCUGGCUGUUGCAUUCUGAACGAGUUCACAUUUCUUAACUGCGUUCAAAGGCAGAGCACCAUGUAGAAAUCAAGAUAUGAGAGGUGACUAAUACACAGAUCACCAUAGCAAGUUUGAAAAGAGAUGCAGCUGGCAUGCCAAUCUUAAUUCUGCAAAGGUGCUUCUGACUGAAGCCUGACAACCCAGGUCCAAAGCUGGGUCCAAACACAUUCUGAAGCUGCAAGGCUGUGUUAUCAGAGGGAGUGUAGCCUCUUUUAUGGCACCAGUUGGACACUGAAACUGAUACCUUUUGUACUGAAGAACCUCUGUUUUGCCCAGAUUUAGCUUUAGUUUAUUAGUCCUCAUCCUGCCCAUAACUGACAUCUGAGCUAGCACUGGUCUAGAACAUCUACAACCUCAUUGGUAUCAUUAGAAAGAGAGAUGUAAAGCUGAGCAAUAGAUACAGGUGAAUGUACUCUAUUUCAGGAGCACUGUUGCAUACCUACGGCUACUAUGAAUAGGAGUACAGUGGUAUCUCAGGUUACAGACGCUUCAGGUUACAGAUUCCGCUAACCCAGAAAUAGUACCUUGGGUUAAGAACUUUACUUCAGGAUGAGAACAGAAAUCGUGCUCUGGCGGCGCGGCAGCAGCAGGAGGCCCCAUUAGCUAAAGUGGUGCUUCAGGUUAAGUACAGUUUCAGGUUAAGUACGGACCUCCGGAACGAAUUAAGUACUUAACCUGUGGUACCACUGUAAUAGGAUUGGAUAUUAAAUAAUAAGGCCACUUGUAAAGAAAGAAAGUAGGGUAUAGGGUGCAAUAUAUCAGGCCCCAUCAUUUUAAAUAACCUCUAAGAGCCAAACAUGGGAGACUCCUAAAAUUGAGUUUUAUUCAGCAAAGGUUCUGGAGUCUGUAGCUGACCAUGCAUGAAUUGAUUGCUUAUAAUCAUUAUUUUCAUUGGACGCAGCAGGUAGACAAACCUCUGUGAGUUAGAUAAUGGUAGUCUACAAACAAAGUCUCAGGAUGGAAAGAGCAAGUUUCCAUAUUGUGUGAUAAUGAGGUUUAACUUCUUUCCCCUCCGAAUUGAAAACUCUAUCGUGGUUGGAAUUAUUUGAGCACUCCACUUUAAUGAGUACUUCAGCUUGGAGGAAAGUCAAGUAGCUUUUUCCUAGAGUAUUUCAAAAUACACAUUGAACUGAUUCAGUCCCGAAAUGUGCCUUGAAAAUUAAAAUAUAGGUUUUGGAGACAAAAGAUUUUAUAAGAAAUUCAUCUUUCUAAAAUUGGAAAGUUUGCAAAGAAUGUCAUUUAUUGUUACCAGAAAAUGCAGAAAUAUAAACCAGAGAACUGGCUGUUCCAGCGUGUAUACUUUCAUUCUUUUGCUUUACAGCAGAAUGAAAAAUUGUUUUGAGAUGGCUGAAAGAUUGCCCAUGUAGAAACACACAGGGGAAAAUUUUUCUUCUAUAAAUGCAGGGAGGAAAGUCGGAGGUAGAGUUAUACAAGCUGGUAUUCAGAACUGUUAUACUCUUGCAAAAUAAAUUACUGAAACAUUCUUAGCACAGUGCUUAUUCCCAGUUGAACCAAUGAUGAGUAAGGAUGCAUAAAUAUUUUGUGGAUGGCACCCUGCUUGCUCACAUUUGGAUGAGACAAAGAAUAUCGCCAUACUUACCUUACUCAUUACUACAGUUGCUCCUUUCCCUAAUUUAGUACAGAACCAGAGAUGCAGAAUACAGAUAAUUUAGUCUUUUUGAUACAAAAGGUGCCUCCAGUUUUCAUUAUUAUUUUUUCUUCCUGCUUUUUUUUUAAAAGGCAGAUCUGUGGCACAAACAGUCCCUCAAAUAAGUAAUCAAUUUGUUAAGUAUUAGUCUUCUCUGUAUUGUUCUUUGAACCAGACAUAGCGUAGGAACAUGUAUGCCUGAGUGGUGGGCGUGCCCAACUUACAGGAAUUCUGAACUGGUUUUUAGGGGAAUACAAUUAAUAGUGAAUAAAAAAAAUUCAAAAUAAUGCAGCAGUUAGCCCUUCUUAAUAUAGUCACUGAUGAAAAUAAAGCUCUGCAAAACAAAGAUUUAGUUUGUCUUCACAGCAGUUAAUAGGCAACAAUGCUAGCACGGACUCUGAACAAUUUAGAGGGGCUUAGCAAAGAAAAGUAGUAUACUCUAAUCUGGCCUUAUUUGAAAAAUUGACAGAAAAGCGCUGACUAGCAACCACUCAAAACAAACACAUAGAUAUCUGUUUGGUAUAACUUUAUUGCUUACACAAAUCAACAGCAAGUUGCCUGAAGAAGCCCACCGAUUAUAUACGUCCGUCCACUUACAGAUGAUAUAGCAGCAUCACGGAACACAGGGAAGAUGAGGUUAUUUUGCAAAAGGGAAAUAGGGAAAGUUAAAAUUUAGAUUUAAGACUUUAAAUUCAACAUUUGAAGGUCACAGAUGCUCUAAUACAGGCACCCCAAACUUGGCCCUCCAGCUGUUUUGGGACUACAACUCCCACCAUCCCUAGCUAACAGGACCAGUGGUCAGGGAUGAUGGUAAUUGUAGUCCUAAAACAUCUGGAGAGCCGAGUUUGGGGAUGCCUGCUCUAAUAUUAAACUCCACUAUGUAUUGGUCCCAUAUUUUCACAAGCAUUACACACUCUUAAGACUGUUACUUAGGUAUUAUUUUCUGUUGCUGACUACCUGUUGUGUGUUUUCUUGUUAUUUAAAACCAAGGGCAGAAUGGGAAGCUUGUAUGCCUAUAUUUUAUUUACAGAUUUGGAAUUUAGGUGGAGGGUUGGUUGCUAUAUUUGUUAGUUUUCUUUUUCUUUUUAAGACAGUUUUAUGGAUAAGAUAAUAAAUAAAAACAGGGAAUUAUGUUAACUUUAUUGAUACUAUCUCUGUACGUAUAGUAUGUAUACUUUAUCAUGUCGUUUAAUAAAAGAAAGUUUGAGAACUGCAAAAGAAAACAUUUUUAUAUAUUGUAUCUGCACUUGUUCCAAGAAUUUCAACAGUAUUCUAAAAUAGCCUCUUUUUGUCAUGCUUAUGAAAUUACAGCUAGGAAGCAUGAAAGCAUCACUAAAUAGAACACAAAAAAUCCUGCCAACAUACUUGCAUUUUUAAAAUCUUGCAAUAUCUUAAGUCUGUGAUCCAGCACAAAACUAGUCAGGCUAAGCUUACUAAUCUGUUGCCUCAGCUUUUAAGUGGCUAAAAAUAUAAACUGACAACAUUUGAUGAUAGCAACACCUGUUGGUUGUCAUUGACUCCAGCUGGUUGGAUAUAUAGGUGAAUGUUCCAGGUGCAACUGGGGUUCUAAAUGUGGAUUAACUGUUAAUGAUCCAUCAGGUUUUUCAUGUGCGGAGGCUACAACAUGGGGGUGAAAUUAUGGCCAGGAUCAAAAGAUUACCGUAACUCCUGCAUGGGAAAGCUGGCAACUGUAACUGGAGUUAACUGUUUUCUAUUUCAAGACAUAAACAGAGAUCCCCUUCUAUAUAUCUUGCACAAGACAUACCCACAAUUUAGCUGAAGCAGAGCGAUGAGAGCAGUAUUUUUCUGCAUGUAAUCCUCUCGAUCUUGACCACAAAUUAUAGAGCUGUAAAGUGCAAUUUUGACCAUCUACUGUUGCAAAGCUAAAUGUUUGUGGGUGAUGGAUAUUUUGGGUACGUUUUGCAGAAUAUUUAUAGUAAUCUGUAACCACACCACUGGAUUGGCUAGGUUUUAGCUGAUUCGGGUUACAAUCCUGUUCUCAUUCAUCUUGGAGUAAAACUUGGUGAACUCAAUGUAGCUUACUUCUGAGUGGGAACAUACAGAUUUGCACUAGCAGCCCCACUGAUUUCAAAGCUCUCUUUACAGUAAGGGUGCAUCUCUAUGCUACAAGACAGGAACACUGGAAUGAGAAGUAGAAGAGGGAACACAAAGAUUCACAAUAUAUUUCUCUCUUGUCUUUGUUGCUAAUCCAAAAUUAUCGUGUGUGUGUGUGUGUGCAUGUGCCUGUGUGCAAAUUUCUGUGUACUCAAAUCUGAAGUUUACUAAAGAUUGCCUGUCUGUAAAACUGUAGGUGUGGGGGACUGGUUCUUGAUGCUAUGAAAGUGAUGGUGAAAUCUAGCUUUACAGGUGCUUUACAGACACUUUAAAAAUGUUGUAUGCUUUAAUAGAAGCUCUUUGUAAUUUUGGAUUUGGAAUCCAUCAGGCCACGCACAGCUGAUUUUCUAAUCUUGCAUUAUAUCAUUUAUAUCAUGUAUCAGUGUAAGAAAAAAUUCAGUGUGUUUUACAGCACAACGCUAUGCUUAGACACUGCGUUCGGUAAGGAUUAUUUCCACGUAAACGUGUAUAGAGUUGCAACCUCAGUCAGGGAAUUCAUCUCCCAUUGCUGAAUUUCAUAGUGAAGAUAAAAGCUAUCUGCUCUCCACUUCCCUGAGCAGUGAGAAAUUCCAGAGAUGCAACGUUUUCCUAGGUUUGGCGUUGUUUCAAAAUAAUUUGCUAUACGUUUUUUAGUAUUUGAGUUCAUUUGCAAAUAUGCAUGGGUGAGUGGUGGUGGUGGAGGAUGGUGUGCUGCCACCAGCCAUGGGACCUUUCUUUGGUCAGUCAUGUUGUUGCUGCUUCCCAGGAGAGGGAGGGACAACACAUUGGGGAGGUUGGCAUGGUGCUAACACACUGGCCAAGUCAGUUUGGCACUCCUGCCAGUCCAUUUGCACCGUAACAACCUCCCUGCUGCCUUGCCCUUCCAUCUCCUGGCAAGCAGCAGUGAUACGACCAGCGAGAGGUCAGGUGAGUGGCAGUGAUGCACCACACUGUCCUUUAUUGUAGGUGAGGUAGAAAGCAACAGUGCCCCACUGCCCCAUAGAAUCUAUCCAGAGAGAGACAGCUCCCGAAGCAGUGGUACCUCGGUUUACGAACUUAAUCCGUUCCAGAAGUCUUAAACUGAAACCAUUCUUAAACCGAGGCGCACUUUCCCUAAUGAGGCCUCCCGCCGCCGGUGCCCUUCCACCAUUCGGCUUCCGUUCUCAGACCGAGGUAAAGUUUGCAAGCUGGGACACUACUUCCGGUUUUGCGGAGUUCAUAAACCGAAUAGUUUGUAAACAGGGCUGUUCUUAAACCAAGGUACCACUGUAUUCAUUCAUCUCUCACUCAGAAAACUGCAGCCUGCUUCUCUCCAUCUCAUGUUUCCUUCUGUCUCCCCACUACAUACACUUACUUAGAUGAUAUCAUCCUUUGGGGGAAAGGGAUGGGAUAUAUAUAUAUAUAUCCCCUGCCCCUUCUAGUUUUUUUCUUAUUCAAAAAAUGCCAAAGAGGCCCUGUGUCGACAAGCAGUCUGAUCCGUGUUCAUCCAUGAAGGUCAUUGGGUGACGUUGGGCUGGUCACUGCCUCUCAGCCCAACCUACCUCACAAGGUCAUUGUGGGGGUUAAAUGAGGAGGGGGAGAACCGUCUAGGCCACCUUGAGCUUCUUGGGGGGGGGGGGCAAAAGUGGGGUAUAAAUGAUAAUAAUUAUAAGAAUAAUAAUAUGCAUGGUGUGAAUGUGACUAUAAACAAAAAGGCACGCUGGGUCGAAGCCAAUGUGUUCAGGACUGCAGCAUAAUUUCUUACUUUUCAGGGUCCUUUAACAAAGCAUAACGUAAAGAUCAGAUCCUUUCUCAAAAUGUAAUAUUUAACCCAGCAGAAAGCUUUCUUGUAUCUUGCUCUGCAUUAGGUGCAGAAGUCGAGAGAUUUUACCUAAGCAUGCUUUUUGGUUUUCUUCUGAUGUAAUAGUCUGACUUCAGUCUAGUGAAAGUUCAAGUAUCCAGAAAGUUGCUUAUCCAAAACAGUGUCAUGUUCCCCAGUGAGGAAUUAAUUCAUAUAAAAGCAUCUCAGAUAGACAAUACCUCUUUUUUUUUCAGAUGGAAAAGGCUUUCUUUUAUUUGGGUAAUUAGGUUUCAUGGUAUUUGGCGUUCAGUGUGAUGCCAAAAAAGGAGGGCAGCGUGAAGGAUGACAUGCGCUGCUGAAUUUAGUAUUCUGUGGCUAAUAACGAAACAGGAAAUUAAAAAAUUCCCUCCUUUUUAAUUAGAUUUUCUAUUGCCUGGUGCCCAUGGAACUGUUUAUAUAUAAUCUCCCCAUGGGCUUCCAAAAGUAAUAGUUAAUGUUUUUGAUUCUGAACUAUUCACAGUCAAUUCAUAUGCAACAUAGAAUGAACGCAAAGCUUUCUCCAAGUGAGUUUGAAAAUCAUGAUUCAUGCAGCAUUAUGAAAAUAUUUAGGCAUUUGCUUCAUUGCAUGUGACUCGUUUUGAAUUGGAGAAGGAAAGAACGGAAGUUGCUAAUUCAGGAACGAGAGAGGAGACCUCACAGAUUCACUGGAAAUGUUUUAUUUAGUCCAAAGCAUUUCCAGUUUUAAUUAUUUCUUUCAGGACUCUGGUUAACCAAAACUGUCUUCUAUACAGUGUCAGUGCAAACAUUUCUGAUCCUCUUUGAAAUCUUCUCUUGCUCUUUCUACUUCCAGUUUUAAACAAGGUAACUAAGCAUUUUUGGGGCCAUUUAGCUAGCUUUUGUUCUGUUCAGCCUUAGUGAUUAUCACCAUAUGCCUACAUGUAGACGAACCCAAAUAUACAAAUGAACAAUGGUUGUUCUUCAUUCUCUGGGUGGAAUCCAGUGUUCCUUCUACUUACACGAUAGGAUGCCACCUUCCUCUCAUUUCCUCCGUCAGCUCCCUUGUCCUGCAUAAUCUGCUUAAGAGAGUCCCCCAACCCUUUGGAGCAGAAUUUGAGGGUGUUCAAAGGGUUUCUGGGAAGGAGGAGAGGACAAUCAGGCCUGUUGCACAAGUGGAAGUUCUUUCUGCUUGCUCUCUAGAAUGAGGUAUGUCUUAAGUGCAAUCCUAUAGUGCAGCUGAACUUGGUGGGGAGCUUUAGGAUUUGGCAAAGCCCCACUCCACCAGCAAAGCACCAGUUACAUCACUUGCCAGGAUACCUUACACUGCCCUAGCCUAUCAGGUGAACUUGGGUGGUGCGGAUUGGUCCUGUGGGUUCCUAGGGAGAAACUACUUGGGUCCUGAGGUGACUGUGGUCAACAGCAUUGUGUUUCCCUUUUCUUUUUCUUUUGGUUUAUUGUGUUUAGCAAGCAGCCAUUACACACAUAAAAUAAUAAUAAUAAUAACAACAGGAAUACUGCUACUAAUCACAGUUGACAUUUCUACUCCCCGACCCCUAGUGGAUAAAUCAUUUCCCGUUCCCCCCUCAAGUUUUAUUAAGACUUUACAGAUUUGUGUAACAAGAAAUUUAGAUGUUCUAAAGCAGGGGUAGGCAACCUAAUUGCCUUCUCAAUCCGGCCCGUGGACAGUCCGGGAAUCAGCAUGUAUUUUUCAUGAGUAGAAUGUGUCCUUUUAUUUAAAAUGCAUCUCUGGGUUAUUUGUGGGGCCUUCCUGGUGUUUUUACAUGAGUGGGGCAUAGGAAUUCGUUCAUCCCCCCCCCCCAAAAAUAUAGUCUGGCCCACCAUAUGGUCUGAGGGACGGUGGACUGGCCCAUGGCUGAAAAAGGUUGCUGACCCCUGUUCUAAAGGGUAUAUCUCUCUCAACAUCGGACAGCAAAAAGAGAGAGAGGGAGAGGGAGAGAACCUUCCCUUCUGCGAUCUUAGCAUGGGUGGAUAUAAUUCUUUCUGAAAUCGUCAUAGAAAGGGCACUCAAGGAGUAUAUGAGUUAUGUCUUCUACUGAUAUAGAGUUGCAGCCACAACUCUAUCCUUCAUAGGAACUCCUUUAUGUUGGCCUGUCCAAUCUGUUAAUGAAAGGACGUUUAGUCUUGCCUGUGUAAAGGCUAUCCUCAUUUUAGCAUUUGGUAAAUCUACCAGAUAUCUUGGCAGGGAUAAUGUGAUAAAAGGAGGAUACAAUUUAUUAGAUUGACAGAUGUUGGUCUCGGCCACUUGUGAUUGCAUCUUGGUGUCUCUCAGCCUAUGCAGUAUUCAUUCUUUAGCUCUCCCAAAACCCUGCAUCACAAGAAAGGGGCAGAGAGUUCUGAGCUGAUGGCAAGCUUUGUGUUGGGGAACUUGAACCUUUUUCCUGUAGGGAAAGCUGGGCACUUGCUUCUAUGCUGUGGUGGUUUGGGGGCCAUGCCCCCAGAUCAGUCGUGGUGGGUUGGCUUUGUUCCUUUCAUUUCUGUGCAGUUGGCGGGUGUUAUCUCUGCCCCAUCCUGGGAACUGGCAGCCAUUGGUGGAGUUGCCAAGGGCACCGGGGUGUGACUGGCAUUUUUGAGGCCUUUAAAAUGUUUCUAUCAUGUUUCCCAUUCCCCUCCUGGGCUGAGCUCAUAUUGGAUACAGCAGCUGUUGGGCCUACAUAGUGAUGGUGUAUCCCCAUCGCCCUUUGCUAGUUGGUAUAAUUGCAGUAUAGGAUUGCUCUGUCCAUGGCCAGUGUUUGGCUGUCCUUCUGUAAAUAUAUCCAUGCUACAUAUUUCAAUAAUAACAGUAGUAAGGAUUUAAAUAAAAGAAUUAAAAUAUUGUGUACAGUACAUGCAAUACAUGAAAAACAAAACGUAACCAAUAUUCUUUGUAACUAUUUAUAUGUUGGGCGUAUUCAGCGGUUGAGUUUUCAUAUUUCUUCAUGAUUCAAGAAACAGAAAGUUCCAGAGUACUUUUUAAAGGCUUUGGACAGAUCUGGAGGGACUCCAUCUGCAAUCUGGCCACAUAGGUUCCCCUUUAGCCUCUGGUAACAUGGUUACAAAACUAACUCUCAUGGGCACUUUGUUGAACUGAAGCCAGGCUAAUUUUGAGGUUGCUUAUUUAUUUCUUUAAAGCAUUUUUCCCUUGCUCUUUUGCCGAAAAAGGCUCCAAGAGUAGCUGACGAAUAUCAGGUAUAAGACCAGUUUUGAGAUGUGCCACAUUGCCUUUAGUUAGUCCUCAGAACAAAACAGGAAGUGUUUAAAAUACUGGCAUAGAAGAAACAGGGAGUCUUUUCUUGCAAACCCCAUUCUUUCUCUCUUUCUUUUUGAUGUAGAUUAUCCUCCAUUCUAUGCACAAAUAUCAGCCACGUGUCCAUGUCAUUCGGAAGGACUGUGGGGAUGACCUCUCCCCAGUCAAACCCAUUCCUUCGGGAGAAGGAGUGAAGGCAUUCUCCUUUCCUGAAACUGUUUUCACAACUGUCACGGCAUACCAGAACCAACAGGUAACUUUUGCUCUCCUUCCUUUUUAAUGCUCCUGAUUUACUGGAUUUUCAUUUAAUUACAAGCAAAUGGCUGGGGAAGAAGGAACCUCUGUCUUGACACUAGGUGAGAAAGAAAACCAUCUAAUGUCUAUUAAGCUAGUAGGUCCCAAACAAUUUCCCCCUCACAGACCACUUCAGAAUUACUGAUGUUCUUGGCAGAUCACUUGAUGAUUUUUUCUGCCUGUUGUAGCAAUUAUAACAUGCCGUACUAGGCAUGGUAUUAUUUUAAUUUUUUUUUUUUUUUUGCUGCUUCUUUUAUUUCUUAUAUUGCAUUUCAUUGUAUUACAAUUAGCAUUUCAUAGAAUGCAAAUUGUAAUGUAAAAAUAUAUUAUAAAAAUACAAGAGUCAAUACAAAUACGAUUAAAUAAUAACAUGAGUAUUUAAUGCAGACACGCCAUGGACCGUUGGUGGUCCUAUGGGCCACACUGUGGGAAUCCCUGUUUCAAAUUAUUUAAUGGAAUCUUAGUGCUUUGAAAUAUAGUUGUGAUUUAGCAAUGCAGCAGACAUUCAGUAUUAACAGAGUGGCUUCUAAGAUGUACUUGUUUAUAUCUCUGGACCUUCAUUAUCAGCAUAUUCUGUUGCCCUUACAGAUUACCCGACUCAAGAUUGAUAGGAAUCCAUUUGCCAAAGGAUUUAGAGAUUCUGGACGCAACAGGUGAGCUUUGGAACACCUUGCAAUUUACAGAACUCUUGCUGUUGAUGAUGGGGCUAGACUGUUUUAAAUGCUUUAGAGAAAUUUCACUGAAUACUUUGCACUUCCUUUUGUAUAAUGCCUUGCUUAUGACAGGAGAGAGUGCUGUGUGCAUUAGUUUUUUUUGGCACGUCCUUUUGUUGCAUUGCUUUAAUGAGAUGUUAUGAGAUUUGGAACGUAAAAUCUACAAUGCAAAUUUGAAUCACUUUUGUAUCACAGGUUUGCUAACCCAAAGCAAAUGCUGGCUUUAAAAUAAAUUGUUUUGUAAGAGAAGCAAUGGCUUUGUGCUUUAAAAGCUCUCUCUUCCUGUUGAACACUUGCAAAGUUAGAAUUUAUAUUCUUGAGAAUAGCUUAGAUUCUUCACAUAGGUCAUAGAAAAUGAUCCUAUAAAAAUCUUUACUUGGGGGAUAUGAACAUUUCUCUUAAGUACUUCAGGAGAAAAAUACGAUUGCUUUAGUUAAAGAAAAUUGGCCAUUUGGUAAUAUAAAUUGGAAUGGCGGUAAAAUGUGAAAAUGAUUGAAAGCAUCUUGUAUAAAUUAUCACCUUGGCUACGCUCCUCCAGGAGGUGGGCUUUUAUCUCUACUUUAACUACAAAUGAAAAGCCUCCAUUAGCACGGGGCGGGGGCAGACUAUUUUUUAAAUCCACAUUUAGCUAAUACUUCUGUAACUCUUUCCUGCAAAAUUUAUUCAGUGUUUCUGGCAACAAAACCUUAGAGAAGCAGCAUCAUUGGACUGCUUUCAACUGCUGUGCUGAAAUGCAAUUCCCAUCUUGAUUUAACUUUCCAAAGAAAGCAAAUCCCAUAAGUUAAUUGUGCAUUGUAUGAAGAAGUGUUGUGUUUUGUCUUGGCUGUCCAAUGUCUACUGCCAAUCAGUUUAAUUGAGAGAGCCCCAAGCUGCAGGUGUAUUAGAGAAAUUGAACAAUAUGUCUGUUAUCACAUCACUCAUAAUUUUCUAAACCUCUAUCAUGCCUGUCCUGCCAUCAUCUUUCUAUCAGACUAAAAAUCCUUUAACUUCUUCUCAUAGGAAAUGUGCUCCAAGUAACCAUUUAUCAUUUUGGUUGCCACUUUUUGGACUUCCCCCAGCUCUAUAAAAUUCAAAAAUAGUUUAAAACUUGUAUACUUAACUCACAUGUGCCAUCUGUGCAGGCUUUUAAGUGGGCUUUAAAAAUUAUUUAAUUACUACUCUUUUUAAUAAUGGUAAGUAUUUUAAUUGGGCUGCGGUUAUUCUGAUUUUGCUCUUUUUAUGAUUUUAUAGUUUUAUGGAUUGCACUGUUAAAAAGGCUAUUUAUUGCUGGGUGUAGUUGUUUUGUGUUGUGGUUUUAUGCUUCUGGUUUUAAAUACAUUGGUUAUUAUAUUAUUAUUAAUCUGUUUUCAAAGAGAGCCUACUUGGAAUGAAAGUUUCCCACAAAGGCAGGGUAUAAAUUUAUUUACUAAAUAAUUGUAAAUAUUUGGGUUUGGGGAAGCAUAUGUUGGCCAAGAGAAAACGUUUGUAUCAAAUGUAUAAAGAAUGUGUCUGAGAACUCUCAGCAUGCCUGUUCAUAGUUCUCAAAAGAGAUCCAGGUCCCAUUCUUUUCUAUGACUAUGUUGAUCUAUUGAGUUGGGAAAACUGUUGUUGUUGUUGUUUGCCUCUAUGUAAAAGAUAGCAAAUGGACAUUCUGGCAAUUUCAACAAGUGCUUACAUAAAGACGCAACAUUCAGGAAGAAUUUAAUGUAUUUUUAGCUUUUAAAAUAUUUGAUUUAGCAGCAGCAACAAGGAAGAAAGCCAAAAUCAUGUGUCUUUGGCAUAUUCUUUGCGGGUCACAAGCAAGUUUAUUGCAAAUGGCUGUGAGGUCCAAACAACCACAGCUUGGCUGCUGUUUGGUUGAAAAUAUUGUCUUGGAACUAGAUUGUUUCAAUGUAAUACUUCUACUAUGUGUGUGUGUGUGUGUGUGUCUGUGUGUGUGUGUGAGAGAGAGAGAGAGAGAGAGAGACAGAGACAGAGCCAGAGAGCAAUCAUAAAGUACUGUGAAAUAUAAUAAGAAAUUAUUAUUCAACUCAUGAUUUUGUUAUGUUGUAUAGGAUGGGAUUAGAAGCUUUAGUAGAGUCUUAUGCAUUCUGGAGACCUUCACUGAGGACACUUACAUUUGAAGAUAUACCUGGGAUCUCAAAACAAGGUAUGAAUCUCACUUGGGAACCUGAAGAAUGCUAACGAUUACUCACUGAGGGUGCAGUCUUCCUCCCAUUUUGGUCAUUGGAAAAAUUUACAUUGAUUUGAACAGAUUUCAUCUUUAAUCACACAAUGGCACAAUAAUACAAUACUCUGCAAUUCUGUGCAUCCUCAGAAGUAAACUCCAUAGAGUGUAAUGGGGUUUACUCCUAGGCAAGUGUGUAUAGGACUUCAGCCUAAAUAUAAUAACAGUGCUCUUUUCACUGUUAUGGACAUAAAUAUAGCUUGUACUCUUAUAAUUUAUCAGAAGGUCGGCAGUUCGAAUCCCCAUGACGGGGUGAGCUCCCGUUGCUUAGUCCCUGCUCCUGCCAACCUAGCAGUUCGAAAGCAUGUCAAAGUGCAAGUAGAUAAAUAGGUACCGCUCCGGCGGGAAGGUAAAUGGCGUUUCCAUGUACUGCUCUGGUUCGCCAGAAGCGGCUUAGUCAUGCUGACCACAUGACCUGGAAGCUGUACGCCGGCUCCCUCGGCUGAUAAAGCGAGAUGAGCGCCACCACCCCAGAGUUGGUCAUGACUGGACCUAAUGGUCAGGGGUCCCUUUACCUUUACUCUUAUAAUUUAAUUUCAAAAUUAUUAAUCCAUGUUGCGGGGCUUACUAACUGAUGUGCUCAUGCAUCGCUCUUGACAUGUGGGCCCAACUAGAGUCAAGCAGUCACAUUCUGUACAUGGCAGCUGGUGAAAAUGUUUCUUGAAAUGCAAAUAGUACCUUCUAGGAGAAGACUUUUCUCUGGACUGUGGCAGGAAGAGAACUUCUCCCUUUCCUGGCCACCUCAUACAUCUCUGAGGUUUGCAUGCUUUUCCUUAGCGGCUAUUUAAGCCACCAAAAAAUGGUCCAUGCCAAUUGCAUUUUUGCACAUAACCUCAUCUCAGGCCAUGGCUAGCUUAGCUGCAAGUCAUAUAAAUGUAAGGCUACAGUUAUGGCGAUAAUCAGAAACAGCAUGACUUGCAGUGUGUCCCAUCUACUUCAGGGGUAGGGUACCAGAAGUGGCCAACCCUCCAUGGGCCACUUUGACACUUGGGUGUCCUCAUCCACAUGUCAGUCACCUGACAUAUGAUAUUACGAGAUUUAACAUUCAAGCUGCAGUUGCAAAGGAAGAAUUGGGAGCACACUUCAGUUGCACUCCUGAUUCUUCUUUUGCAAGUAACAAAUUUUCCUGGGCCUGACAGCAUAUGAUGCCAGGCAUGGGAAAGUUGGUGCAAGUCAUCCAAAACAGCCCAGAAAGCUAGCCACUGAAGCCUUGUGGACUUAUUUACACCUGGUGCAAGAAGUCUCUCUCUGCCCUGCACAAUGGAUCUAGUAUGUCAGGGUUUCUUCCAUCUCUGUCUUGCAAUUGCCUCUUCAAUUGAUACUUGCAGCUACAGCUACAGCUACAGCUGUGGUGGUUCAAGAAAGCCAGGUAUAUGCAACUUAAUCCCAGGCUUCAUUGCUCCAUUGUAAAAUGCUAAGCACCUCACACUUCUGGGGGCGGGUAUGGGAUCUAUACUUUUACUUACUUAUAUACUAGUAUUCUACAAUAAAUAAUUCAGGUCUCUGCCCAAAAGCAGUUUUUAAUCUGAAACUAAACAGAAAGAAGGAAAAAGGGACAGUAGGUAAUUGGGACCUACAGAUAUACAGAUGUGGUUCACCCAAUUUGUGAUGCUAGGCUAGUGCUGAACUUGAGGAGAUGCAGAUUCAAACCUCUCCUUACGGGGUGAGCCUGGCCAGUUGCUCGCUCUCUUUUACCCUAACCUCUGUCAACUGUCCUCAGGGUUUUUGUAAGAACUAAAAGGCGGCAGUGGGAGCGGGGAGAGACAUAUUUACCAGUCUGAGCUUUCUUAGAUGGAAGGGUAGAAUAAAAACACAAAUAAAUUAACCAUGGAUUUCCAAUCUCCAUUUGUAUAUUUUGAGAGCCUCUUCAGUUAAACAAAACAGUGAAAAAGCUAAACUGGCCCUAAGCAAAUGGUAUGUUCAGAGUUCAUUAGAGGAAUCCCUGGAUUAAUGUUCAGAACAUGAUGAGAUGAGCAGGAAAAAUUGCUGUCCAUACCAAAUGCUGAAAAUUGAUCUGGGAGCAGUCAGAGCACUGCUUCACUGCACUAGUAACUUGUACCGUGCCUGGAGUUUUCCAUGUGCUUUGGGUUAGUUUUUUUGUCAUGGGUGUCAGCCUUUAGUCAUAUUGAGCCACUUACCUCCCACAAGAAGGGGAAGAUAUAAGGUUACCUUUAUUUUGCCAGCAGUUGACUCAAGAUGCAAACAAAACAAUUCCUGAUUGAUAGUUUAAUUUUUAUUGUUUCAUUUAUGAUUAGGUGUGAGAGUCAGUAUUAUUUCACUCUGGUUUUAACAUUCUCAAUUUAGUAUGUCCUGCUUAGCUUGCUGGCUAGUGGAACAAAUUAUGAAACUUUGCCAAUUCUAAGCCUGAAUUGCUACGCAAUUCAGAUAUUACACAUUGACUUAAAAAACGGGUCUGAGCUGAAGGUUCAACUUUAGUAAAUGUGUCUUCAGUAAACUGCAAAAACUGAUGUAUUGCAAAUCUUAUAAAGCCCUUUCUAUAAAUUUUGCAGUGCGUAGUGAAGUAAUGCGUAGAAAAACGUAUAUACAUGGGUAAAAUGUCCACAAAAAAUGUACCUAUUUGUGAAAUCACAUACCAGAAUGCAAUAUUUUAAGGGCAAAAUGUUGCCUGGCAAAAAUGUGACUAUUGGGCAGAAUUAGUACUAUAAUGCUGAUAAAUAUUCAUAUGGAUUUUAUUUUAUAUAAAAGAGCCACAACCUGUUAAAAACUGAAGAUGGGAAAACGUGAAACAGAGAGAAACCAAAAUUGGCAUAUUCACCCAACCCUAUAUGCAACAAAUGUUGCAUUAACCUAGCAUACAUUCAAUUUUUUUCCUCAUCAAAAUUAAUGUGACUUGAAAAUGGUAACUUUGGCUAGACAUUUUUGUUGAUAGCUGUUUUGGCACCAGACAUUUUUGUUGAUAGCGUGUCAGUCCCAGAGCAUGUCAAGAUAAUUUGUGGUAUACACACCCACACCCACAUAUAUACAUACGUAUACUCUUUAGCCCUGUAACAACCCCCCCCAACACCUUUUAAAGGCAAUGCUCUAGUCUUUAACAUAACCAGAAUUCCAAUCUUCUGUUUUCCAUGCUAAGUCAUUUCAGAGUUAUAUUCAACAACAGCAAAAUAAUAGACAAUAAGGCAAGAAGUCAUUUUCUUCUUCUAAAAUCAUUUGCUUCAGAAUUUCCAUAAAAAUCCAGCACUAGAAUAUAAGCAUAGGCAAAAACUCCAGGGUGAUUCAAUUUUGUGAAAACUAUGUGGGGAAAACGAGUGUGCCAGAAGUAUUUUUUUGAUAGGAAGUUAGUUUUGGAUCUGAAAUCUGCAUUAUAGAGAUACUGAUGUAGAUGUCCCUUAGGACUUUGCUUGGUGUUUUUCAUUCCAUAUUAAUUGCCAGGGAUUAUGGUGAUGUAAAAUAAAUACCCCUCCUAAAUACUUAAGGAGCAGAGUUAGAAGAGUGAUACCAUUUUAAUAAGUUUCCUACUAGCUAUGUAUGGCUUUGUAAAAAAGAAUCUUCUCUGUAUUUCCUCCUCUUGCUUAGGGCCACACAAGCUGGUGUUAGCAGGUGUUUAGCAUUAGAAAGAGAGCCCAAGAAAACUCUUCCAUAUGAUACACUUCCCCAUCUUCUUGGCUUGACAUCCCCUUUAGAGAGUGUACCGGUGUCCUGUGGUCUUUAAAAGAAAUAGGAAAAAAAAAUUCUAAUUGCCCAGGCAUUGGGAUUUGGGAAAGGACCUUUGACUCCUCCUUAUGAGAUGCACUGAUCCGGAUUCCAAAAUUAAUGAGAAAAACAUGUUCAUGUAAUUAGUUCUAAGUGCUUCAUGUGACUUUGCAUAGCUGAUACAAAGUGUAGCCUAAGGCAGACGUGGGCAGAUGCAAGUGGAGUUAAGGCUUUAAAAAAGUAAAUUAAAACAAAAAAGUACCCACCACUGCCAUAGGAAGUAUCCCCCUCUGACUAAUUUCUGCCCCCUCCCAAAACCACUGGAUUCCCCUCUCCCAAAAAGAACUGUCCUUAGCAACAAUAAAUGUGUCACCUGUGAAUGGGCACUCAGUGUUGAACUUCGAAAUUCACCAGCUGAGGCCAGGUAAAAUUGAGCUGAUUGGGCUAGAAGAAGACUAGGAAAGUUUGCUCAAGGGCAGGUUACCUAGCAGAACCCAUGUAAACACACCUUGGUAUGAAUUACACAUGUGAGCUAAAAAUAGAUAUCCGAGUGGCUACAGAUUGGAGUCAGCACAGAGCUCCAAAACUAGCCAGCAGUACUGCACAAGGGGAGGAGACUGACAACAGCUUGCUAAAGACUUGUAUACCAAUCUAAAGGCAAUGUGGUCAGUGGACUGCAGUCAGUUUCUGUUUAGUGGAAGCUCCCCGCCCCCCCAGUCCAAUCACGUGUGUCUGUGUGUGUGUGUGUGUAAGAUUGUGCUGAGAAGCACCAUGAAAGCCAUCCAACCCUAUAAAUGCAUCAUAGUUGUAGCAGUGUGAAGUGGUGUGACUAGCAAGAGUUGGGCAGCUCCGUGACCCUGCUCAACAAACACUCCAGCCUCAGGAUUGAUUGAUUGAUUUAUGACAUUUGUCAUAAAUCAUUAGAAUCAUUAGAAUUAAUCAUUAGAAUUUCUAAGCGGUGUACCUGAAUAGUAAUCAUUUGGAUUACAUUGCUAUUUGGAUUCAUGGAUUCUUCUAUAUGUAUAUAUAUUUUUAAAUGCAUGCUACCCCUGGGGGGAAAGCUUCUACUAAACAAAAACUUACUGCAGUCCACUGGCCACCUUGCCUUUAGUGGACUUAAAGCGGUGUAUCGUAUGAACAGAGAGGUUUUCUCCCUCUCUCAUAGUACCUGAGCCACCCAAAGAUGCUGAAUCCUGGAAGGUUCGGGGCACACAGAACUUUUUCCCUUUUUAAACUAUGGAAUUUGCUCCUACAAGACGUAGCGACGGCCAUCAUCUUGGAUGAUGUUUGGAAGGAGUUAGAUAUGUUCAUGGAUAAGGCUAACCAUAUCUGUGAGAAAGGCCAGAAGCACUAUGCCUCCAAAUACCAAUUUCUGGGACCCAUAGGUUGUCCUCCUUGUGGCCUUGCCAGAGACCUCUGGUUGGCCACUGUGAGAAGAAUAUGCUGAAGUAGAUUGGUGUGAUCCAGCAGGACCCUUCUUCCGUUGCUUAUUAUCAGUCAUCUUGCUUGGAGCUUCAGUAUUGCUGUUUGAGAAUUGUAUUGUAGAAAUAUGUGGAUCUGCAGGGGGGCGGGCGGAAAUGGCUUGCCUUCAACGAAAGUAACUUUAAUACUUAUGUCCUAAGGUAUAGUUGUACUGUAGAUGUACCAUUUGAAGGGGGGAAAUCUGGAUUCAAAUCCAUCAUUAGCCAGGAAGUUUCAACAGAUCUAUAUCAGUCUAACUUACCUUACAGGGGUUUUGUCAAAAGAAAAGAGUGCAAUCCUAUUUAAGCCACCUUGAGGUUCGAAUAUGUAUGUAAUAAAUAAUUCUCUUUUCAUAGGAUGCCAUUUUAUACUUGGAUAUGUUUUUUCUUCUAGGAAACGCUGGCUCUUCUACUUUGCUCCAGGGAACCGGAAACGGAGUACCAACCACUCACCCCCACCUGCUCCCGGGGUCCCCUUGUUCUUCUCCUGCCUUCCACCUUGCUCCCAACACUAGCCAGCUCUGCAGCCUCGCUCCAGCUGACUACACAGCUUGUGCCCGUUCCGGUCUGGCCCUUAACAGAUACAGCACUUCCUUGGCCGAAACCUACAACAGGCUUACAAACCAAUCCAGCGAGACCUUUGCAACCCCAAGGACUCCCUCCUAUGUCGGUGUGUCGGGCAGUUCGACCGUGAACAUGCCUGUGGCAGGCAGCGAUGGCGAUGCGUUUGGCUGCCCUCAGACAGGCUUAUCGAUGCAGAUUUCAGGGAUGUCUCCGCAGCUGCAGUAUAUCAUGCCCUCGCCGUCAGGCAACGCCUUCGCUGCAAAUCAAACCCACCAGAGUUCCUACAACACUUUCAGGCUGCACAGCCCCUGUGCUCUGUACGGAUACAACUUCUCCACGUCCCCCAAACUGGCUGCCAGUCCUGAGAAAAUCGUUUCUUCCCAAGGAAGUUUCUUGGGGUCGUCGCCAAGUGGAACCAUGACCGAUCGGCAGAUGUUGCCCCCUGUAGAAGGAGUGCACUUACUUAGCAGCGGGGGGCAGCAGAAUUUCUUUGACUCCAGGACCCUAGGAAGCUUAACGCUGUCAUCAUCUCAAGUAUCUGCACAUAUGGUUUGAUAAAGCCUUUUUAAAACAAAAGUACAUUGGUUUCUACAAUGUAUUUCCUUUUCGGGAUUAUGCUAAGGUGAUUAAUGUGCCUAGUAAGGUGUUUAUGCUUUAAAAAAAAAGUCAUCAAGGGAAGUUUGACUUAAUCUUUUGACUUGCCUAUCGGCAGAUAUUUGAAUAUGUGCUCGUGUUCAGAGUUAAGCCGAGUUUGUUUGCAGAGCAGCCCAUUUAGUUUCCUGGUAGCAAUAGACUUCAUUUUAUAACACGUUUGGCCAUAUGCAACAAAUUAACAAGGGCUUCCUGCAGCACUCUUUCCCCCCACAUCUUUCCCUCUUUAAAGAACAAAACAACACUCAGGUCUGAUUUAGAUGAAACAAAAAACACUUUUAAAAUAUAUAUAACUACCAUUUGGUAACAGCUGUCCUUAAAGCGUUCUUACCACAACGUGCUGGUGCCACAAUGCACGCAUUACUUCUCUGUUGUAAGAGAGAUAAUAAACAUAUGUGGGCUUGCAUUAGGCUUAGUUCAGAAGUCUGUCAAAUUUUCUAAAUAAAGGGACAGGAUGAUCUCCCUUCUCAAUCUUUGUGGUGUAUCUGGCUUUUCAUGCGAGCACUAUGAAGAGACAACGACCUAAAUUAAGCAUUGGAACAGGCAACACGGCCUAUUUUUCUGUACAGAAUGAAUUUAAAGGAGGCUUGCUCCAUGUGAAGAGAGUAUAAAGAUGAUAGAGAUUUUUAUAUUUUAAAAUAUUAAAUAUAUGUUUGCAAAUAGAAAAGACAAGGCAGGACUUCUACAUAUUUCCAUAAGCUUUCUAUUUAAGAAUGGUGUUAGGAACAGUAGCAGAGUGGUGGAGAGGGAGGGUGGCACUUGCCUGAGCUGGUAGGUGGGUCACUGUUGCUUAAGAGGAAGGAGAAGUGGAGGGGCAAGGUGCUAGGCAGGUUGGCACUCUGCAGUUUGUAUCAGCAGGAACACCAUAUUGACUCCUCCAUUGCAUUUGCCCAGUGACCUGCCUGCUGCCUUGCCCCUCCCUCCUGGUAAGCAGCAAUGAUCUACCUGCUGGGGCGUCAAGUAAGCAUCACUACUAUUUCCCACCAUCCACUCCAGGGUAGGGUGCUGUGGAAAAUCACCCUUUCUGUUUCAGUAGUUCUACAAAUCAUUUGCUCACACACCUUUGUCACAGUAUAGCUAAGGCUGCAAUCCUAUGUGGUACACCCUUUUCUACAAGGAAGCCCCACUGCACAGUGGUGCUUACCUCUGAGUAGACAUUCAUGAUAUUACACUGUAAACCUUACUGCUAGCUUGUUUUGAGUGUGUUCCCAAGAGCAGAAGAACAUACUGCGUAGAUUUGGGUCAUCUGAAGCCUCUUCUUUCCAGGGACAGUGCCUGGCAGUGUGUUGACAGACUUCUGCCACAUCUUGUGGUGACACUGGCAACUGGUGUAAUGCAAGGAGCUUCAGUCAGAAUGGAAAAAUGGCCAUGCUUCAGUAGAUGUGCAGAAGCAGCAGUGUACAUUUCUUAUAACCUCUUCGAAACCCUACAAGUAUGAUGUUUCUAGUUGUGGGGUAAGAAACCUAAACUGUCCACAUUUUCUGCUUGCACCACCAUGGGCAACAGUUGUUCCCCUUCAAUACACAAAACUUUAGCAUUUCCCUGCCCCCAUCCCAACAAACACUUGAUUAUAAUUUUUUUCUCCUGAUUGUUUUCUGAAUAUUUGUUUUGCCCGUAGACAUUAAAAGGAAGAAAAACAUCAACAAGACACAAUUAAAGUAACUACACCGCUGUGCUAUAUAGAAUACUAGAACUGCAACUGCAGAAUAAACUGUUCGUUAUCCUUUUAGCAAUCUUACAUCUGCAGAGCAGUGAAACGAGAGUAGAAGUAUUCAGGUCCAGAAAUAUUUUGUCUGGCUAUUCCAAUUGCAGAUAGGAUUUGUUCAGACUUAAGCAACGGCUCUUGUCAGAUAGGUUCUGAGAAGUUCUUGUAUCCUUUAUACCUGGUAUACCUUUUGAAUUUGAGUGCCCAAUUUUAAACUCAAGCCACAUUCUGGUAUAAGAGGUUGGGAUCCAAAAAGCCUUGUGAAUGAAGAGGAAGUGUUUCCACAGGUGCAUAGGGCUGGUGUUUCCUUUCAGCAGCAUCUUUUCACAACACUUUGGACCCUACUCUGGGGAGACCACCAGCUUCCAAGAUUGGCUUUCUGAAGGCUGUGAGUGGCUACAGUGGGAAGGGCAGGAAAUAUGCACAGUGUUCUAUGCACGGCUCUUUGGAUCCUGGCCAAUAUUGUAUGGUUCCUUAAACCCAUAAUAUCAACCUUGCUUGUGAAGGUUUAUGUUUCACGCAUUAGAAGUCUAUUCGGCUAACCUGCAUAACUGUAAAUCUUGAAGUAUGUUGUGUGAACACUCAGCAAGCACAAUGUUAUAAAAGCACAUUAGGUUUAUAGUUCUGGACCAUCUUACUGUAGCAGCAAACGCUUGUUUCAGUAGGAUUUCCUAUUGAAAAUGUAGGAUCGUAGUUCUAAAAGUGUUGGCAUGACAAAAAUGGUUGUGCCAAUAAGUGGAAGCAAAUAUGGCACCGCAAAUGAUGUUAAACAUGUAUCUGAAUUGCAAAAUUUGAAUUUAGGAUUCUGGAUGAGAUUCUCCUUGAGUUUGGAUGUCUCACAUCAGUGUCUUACACGUUUCUAUUCUAAGUUUGUCAGAUAUCCUGAACAAUUGUUUUAUUUGUUGCAUGAAUGCUGUUACAAAGGCAGUGAAGUUUCAAAUAACAAAAAUAUAUUAAAUAAGAUCCCUGCAUUGCAGGGGCUUGGAUCAGAUGAUCAGCUCUACAAUUCUGUGAUUCCAACACAGUUACAAGGAAUCCUGCUAUAAUUGAAAACAUUAAUAUUUAAGUUACAUGAAAUCUUAAAUGGACAUGAUGCUAUAUUUAAUUUUUUAACGCAAAUGAAUUAUAUGCUGCCACCUUAAAGGAAGCUAUGCUAAGAAGUGAUGGGGCAAAAUGGACCAUGAAGGUCAAGGUCAUGCUGUCUUGUAGCAAAAAAAUGCAGCACAACCGAACCCCCUGGGUAUAUAUGCACAAUUAUAACAGUAUCUGCUUUGUAAUUUCUAUUGGAUUUCCAUUAUCCUGCCUUUUUUGCAACAUUUCCCACCUCAUAUAUUAAUAAAGCCAUGGUAUUAUAAUUGAAACACCUUUUCUCUUAAAAUGCAGUUGCUGCUGUACAUAGUAAAUGGUGUAUGAUUACAAAGUCCAGCUUUUCAUGGAAUAUAAUGAAUGCCAAAUAUGCAGUAUAUCUGUAAUUAUAUAUAGCUGUAUUUUGUUUUUUAAAGCCACAGAAAUGAUAUUAAAGUGUGUACCUAAAAACACUUUUUAUUAAAUUUUGAAAAUAAAAAUCCUUUAAAACC